AUAUCUUUUGCCCUCGUCCCUCUGAAAGCUGAAAUGAAGCAGUACUAGGUCAAGAUCAAAAGCCACACCCAACAUAAACAGAGAGCUUUCUCCUCAAGAGGUGAACGAACACUCCGAUAGAGAAAUCGCUUCACUUGGAAUUUCAUCAAUGGCACUCGCUUCUCGCUUGCUCUCCAGAUCCACUCGCCAGCUAUGCGCUGGUCAGGUUGUUCUUCGACCCGAGCAUGCAGUUCCAGUUCGUUCGUUUGCCAAAGAAGCUGCUGCUCCCACUACACUGAAGGGAGAUCAGGUAUUGAAGGACAUCUUUUAUGAGGUUAAGAACAAGCUUGAGACAGCAAUUGGUGUCCUACGAAAGGAGAAGAUCACCAUAGAUCCAGAAGAUCCUGCUGCUGUAUCUGAGUAUGCAAAAGUCAUGAAGUCUGUUAGACAAAAGGCUAAUCUCUUAUCAGAGUCUGAAAUUAUUAAGUUCAACAUCGAAGUAGAAACACAUGAAAUUCCAGAUGCCCGAACAUAUUUGUUGAAACUGAAGGAGAUGCGUGUCAAGAGAGGCCUCAUUGAUUCUCAAGGUAUAGAGGAUUUGCAGAUGGCAGCAUUAGAUAAAGUUGAGAAAGAAUUAAAAAAGCCACUACUGAGGAACAACGAAAAGGGAAUAGCUCUUCUUAAAGCUGAGUUUGAUAAGAUCAACCAGAAGCUUGGCAUUCGUAAAGAAGAGAUGCCAAAAUACGAAGAACAGUUGGAGCUGAAGAUUGCAAAGGCACAGUUAGAAGAACUGAAAAAGGAUGCUCUUGAAGCUAUGGAAACUCAGAAGAAGAGGGAGGAGUUCAAGGAUGAGGAGAUGCCCACUGUGAAGUCAUUGGACAUCAGAAACUUCAUUUAGAAAAUGACAUUUGUUAUUUUCCUUUUGCACCUUGUUGAUCUUGUGCUACCCUUGAACAUAAAUUUUAAUAUCCCUAAAAAUGUAGUUGUACCAGACACAUCCAAGAGGCUGCCUUCUGAAUAAUAAGAGUUCUGACCAAGAAAUUAGCUUUUGAUAUAAUUUUGGGGCCUGAGCAUCUUUAUCUCUGCUCCUUAUUUUGCAACUGAUCUUGGUCAGUUGUUUUUUGCACUCUGUACUUAAGAUACAUGGUUGUAUCAAAUGUUUUAAUUUUUGAUGCUUUUGUGAUGACUUUA